GGCAGCUCCACAUAAACAGACUCGUACAGCUUUAACGAGCAGCGCGGGUAGGACGGCGGAAGACAGGACAGCAGAGGAGCAGAUACUGAACUCUGGUCAAGGCAGUGUUCGGCCAGUCCAGCCUCUGAACGAUGACUGAAGCAGAGCUAUACUCGCUGUACAAGGGCGUUUAUGUGCCGACAUGUCUGCAUCCUCCUGAGAGCCUCCAGUACUACGAGGAGUUCACUUUCCGUCCCGAUGACAUCCUCAUUGUAACGUAUCCCAAGUCAGGUACGACUUGGAUGCAGGAGAUCGUUCCUCUGAUCGUGAGCGGAGGAGAUCCGGCCUCUGUUGAGAGUCUUCCUAACUGGGACCGCGUUCCCUGGCUGGAGGAGCAUCGAGCUAAAGUCCUUAACCUUGAAGAGAGGCCAUCACCACGCAUGUUUUCAACACACUUUCACAACAACAUGAUGCCUCCAUCAUUCUUUAAAGUAAAGCCAAAGGUGAUAUACGUGAUGAGGAACCCCAAAGAUGUGUUUACAUCUUCCUUUCACUAUUAUGGGAUGACCUCCUUCUUAGUGAACCCAGGGACAACGAGCGAGUUCCUGAGCACGUUCCUCGAUGGAAAAGUUAUGUUUGGCUCCUGGUUUGAUCAUGUAAAGGGUUGGCUAAAUGCUGAAAAUAAGGAGUGCAUACUCUACAUCUCAUAUGAAGAGCUGCUAAUGGACCUGAAGGAAUCUGUGGCCAGAAUCUCUCAGUUUCUGGAGAAACCUCUGGAUGCUAAGGUGACAGAGAAGAUAGCAGACCGAUGUUUGUUCAAGAACAUGAAGCAGAACAACAUGUCCAACUACUCUGCAGUUCCUCGAGAAUUCAUGGACCAGACCAAGUCUGAAUUCCUCAGGAAAGGAAUUGCUGGAGAUUGGAAAAAUCUGCUAACAUUAGCAGAAGCAGAACACUUUGACGCAGUUUACAAAGACAAGAUGAAAGAUGUCAAAUAUAAAUUUGUAUGGAAUUAAUAAAAACCUAAUGAAAGAAGAUGCAGCAGCCUUCCAUUUACUGAAAGUGCUUAUUGGUUUGUGUUAAAGGCACACUGAACUUUGUACCACAAAUCAAUAGGUUUGCUCUGAUAUGCAGUGAAACAUCAUGGUAAUGCAUUUUUCUCACUUUAACAGUGGAAUCUAGGACCAUGAUGACCUUUUCUGCUGAAUUAGUAAUUGUAUGUAUGUUGCUUUUUGAAUCAUCUGUCCUUCGUAACAACCCAAAUAAACUUUAAUUUUUAAUAUUCUGGAGUCUUUAGUUGUCUUCAGAGGAGAAUGCUCGUAGUCACUUUAAUAUUAACAGUGCGAGUUCAUGCUAUACAUUGUUGUUAGUAUGUUAGUGUAAAACAUUGAAUGUACAGUUGAAACUUUCAUCAUAAACAUAGAAAUGUACUUUAUAAUAAAUGCAAUGUUGGACCUUUCUGUAUUUGUAAUUAUAUAUUUCUGAACAAAUAUACAGAACGGCUAAAAGUUUGUUCACAGGGUCGAUUGCUUAUGUGGCGCUGCAACAUUUUUUUUUUGUAAAUGACUAUUAAUUAAUUUUAAAAAAGUGAAUAAAAUUGUAAUUACAAA